GGAGUCUCCCCCCUUUUUAUUAUUAUUAUUUUGUUCCUCCGGGGGGAGGAGGAGGAGGAGGCAUUGCACAAGCCGUGGAUUUCUCCGCGCUCGCGGUCGGCGCAGGCGUUUCGUCCCUCCGCUCGCGCACAUCUCGUGCGGUGAGAUUUGAAGGGAUUUCGUCAGCGCGUAAAAGCAGCCGGACAACCCCCCUCUCUCCCUCCUCCUCCUACUCCCCCCCCCCUCCUCCUCUCUAUGUGUUAGUCGUAACGUCGAGGUCCAGCUGAUCGCGUUGAGUCCCGUGAGGACGGCGGAGGAUCGAUCUGCUGCCCCCCCCCUCCCCCGCCGCUGCUGCUGGACGGAGCCGAAGUAGGAUUUCACCGCGACUCGGCGGUUCGCGGAGCGGCGACCGUGCGACUUUCCGGCCCCCUCCCGCUCCCCCCCCCCCCGCGGUCGACUCUCCUUCGUCGCCGGUGGCGCCUCGGCAAGAGGAGGAGGAAGAGAAGGAUAAUACGUCUCAAGUUGGAAGUCUCGCAGAGAUCCGCCGGAGCCGACGCGACCAGGCCCCGGACUCAUCCCAGCCUCGCGUAUCGAUACCGUGUUUUUUCUCUCUCCCUCUCCCCCCCUUCCUCCUCCUCCUCCCCCCCCCCCUUGUUUUAAGUCAUGGGAGACACAAGCGAGCGCAGUAAACCUCCGACUCUACCUCCCCGGUGUCCCUGCGGGUUUUGGGGGUCCAGUAAAACCAUGAACCUCUGCUCCAAAUGUUUUGCUGAUAUCCAGAAAAAGCAGCCAGAGGAGGACUGCACCUCCAAGCCUAUCCAAAGCACUGGGAGUAGCCAAUCGCCUGUCUUCAGUAGCGAGACGAGCAGUAGCAGUAGCCAGUCCCUAUCGUCGUCGCCGCCCACCAGCUCUGAGCAGCUGUCAACCGAAGAGCCCUCAUCCACGUUUCCCAGUCCCCGAGAAGGGAUCUCAUGCACAGAAACGGCCCAAGGCACACUCUGCACACCGACAAAACAUCCCCGUGAAUCAGCCUCGGGGUCAGAGAGUGAGGCCACGCCGGAAAAGCGGCCACGGACGGAGGAGGCGACGAAGGAGGUGGGCGGGGAGGAGACUCGCAGGGGAGCCAAGCAGAAAAACCGCCGGCGCUGCUACCGCUGCCAAACCAAACUAGAGCUAGUACAGCAGGAACUGGGCUCCUGCCGCUGUGGCUACGUAUUCUGCAUGCUUCACCGUCUACCUGAGCAGCACGACUGUCUGUUCGACCACCUGGGCCGUGGCCGUGAGGAGGCAGUCCUCAAAAUGGUAAAGCUGGACCGCAAGGUGGGCCGCUCGUGCCAACGCAUCGGGGAGGAGUGCUCCUGAUUGGCCACGCCGCAGCCAGCCAUCUAAUCACAGACGAGGCACUUAAGAAGAAGAAGAAGAGGAGGAGGAGGAAGAGGAGGGAUUGGAGGGAGGGAGGGAGAGAAGAUGGUUGCAUCAACCUGCUUUUUGACCCUACAGUUGUGGACCUGAGCUUGACCCUUUGGUUCUGUUCGUGUCCUGAUAGCCGCCUGGGAUUCGUUUGUUUGGACCCUACUCUGGACAGGAGCCACUGGUGGGGCAUCCUGGUUGUUGUGCGGAGCCCCGUUCAAUAUCGCAUGUUGGCACACAUAGCCUUAACCCCCACCCCCCACCCACCCACCCACCCACACCACUUGUCACUGCCACCCCCACCAACACGUCCUGUCCCCUGGAGUCCUCAUAGAGCAGGAUGCAGUAGAGAGGGGUUAAUGUGUCGUGCAUCAUGCACGGCCCCAGCCAGUCUCAUCGAAAAUGCCAUUCCUCUUCUAUCCAAAUACCUACUACUAUCACCACACACACACACACACACACACACACACACACCCUGUUUCACAUAAGGAAGUCAUGAAAGACAAACUGUUGUUAACUGUCUGUUAAAGCGAUCCCGCUCUGGACCAGAUCCUCCGCGGGCAGCAGGCAUUUAGUUCGGUUUCUUCAUUUUUCCUGUAUGGCAGUUACUGCUGGGUGGGGGAGGGGGCUGGCGGGGGCGGGUUCCAACACUAUCCCAUUAUUAUUCCAUCAUUAUCACAU